GCACUUACAACGUCAUCAGCACCUCAAACCUACUCAAUCAUAUUUGAUAACCUUGACUUUUUCAUUCAGACACAUCAUCAGUCUACCAGCCAAACCAAUAGGUCAAUACACUGGAUCAACCACAUGUGUGUCAUCAACAGAGUUACUUCACUACACCUCGACAAGCUGAAACCAGCUAAUUCUUUGAUGGAAUAUGAUCUCGGAAAUUCACUUCCUGGACCAAACACACAAGCCAGUAUGCGUCGGGAAUUCGUUGUUUUGGGUAGCCGAAUCCUGACAACUUAUUUGGAUUCAUUCAAGACCCUUUCCAGUGUGGUUGUUCACCACAUCCUCCACCAGUUCUCCGAAGAAAUGGCCCAGCCAUCCACUCAUUACCCCCUUGGACUUCUAUUCAAGGAUGAAACAAAAACUUCAGACUUGGUGGAUGUGCUCCAGCACCUUCAAAGGGAGUAUGUGCCAAGAUGUCCUGAUGGCUUUGAGAAGAUUUUGGUCGGUGGUGACAGGCUCACGGAGGGCAAUUGCCGUAAUAUCCAGCUGGCGUUUGCUGAUGGGGAGACAGAGGAGGACCGCCUGGAAGGCCUCGUUUUCAAAUUUGAAGACUGGCAUGCGAUUAGAAAUCUGUUUGAGAUAUAUCAUCAGAUCUUCUUUAACGAAGCAUCUGCGAAAGACCAUGGCACAAUACUAGCAAACAUGAAUCUCUUGAGGACCUCUACCAUAAAGAUGAUCUUUGCCAACCAUGAAUUUGGCGGCGAUGUAUGAACUGUGUUCUAUUUUCUGGAAAAGGACAGCCACCAUGAAUUCGGCUGCUUUCCGAUGGUCGUUUAAGGGAAAAUGGGUUUAUUAUUCCUAAUA